ACGUGGAUCCAAGAUGGCGACGGCGAUGGUGAGUGAAGGAGACUCCGGGAGCGGGAGCGGGAGCUGGAGCGGGGCCCUCCGGGGUAUCCCAGGAUCUUCCAGCACCCCAUGCCUGGCCCUGAGCCACCUCCCGGACCCCUGACUCAGGCCUGAGGGCUACCUCUGACUGGGCUCGUCUUCCCCGAAAUCCACCUCCCCGGCCCUGCCCCUGCACUCAGGCUUGUCAAGGCCGCGAGUUUUGGGUGAGGCGCCGUUUCGGAGGGAGACCUCCGCUGCUGCCUUCGCCGGUUCCCAUUCUACUUUUGGUCUCCGCCCACUGAUUGGUUGCCGUGGUCUUUACUGCUUUUCUCCCUGAUGUGUGAAACAAGCGCCUUCUAUGUGCCUGGGGUUGCGCCUAUCAACUUCCACCAGAACGAUCCUGUAGAAAUCAAGGCUGUGAAGCUCACCAGCUCUCGAACCCAGCUACCUUAUGAAUACUAUUCACUGCCCUUCUGCCAGCCCAGCAAGAUAACCUACAAGGCAGAGAAUCUGGGAGAGGUGCUGAGAGGGGACCGGAUUGUCAACACCCCUUUCCAGGUUCUCAUGAACAGUGAGAAGAAGUGUGAAGUUCUGUGCAGCCAGUCCAACAAGCCAGUGACCCUGACAGUGGAGCAGAGCCGACUCGUGGCCGAGCGGAUCACAGAAGACUACUACGUCCACCUUAUUGCUGACAACCUGCCUGUGGCCACCCGGCUGGAGCUGUACUCCAACCGAGACAGCGAUGACAAGAAGAAGGAAAAAGAUGUGCAGUUUGAACACGGCUACCGGCUUGGCUUUACAGAUGUCAACAAGAUCUACCUGCACAACCACCUCUCAUUCAUCCUUUACUAUCAUCGGGAGGACAUGGAAGAGGACCAGGAGCACACGUACCGUGUCGUCCGCUUCGAGGUGAUUCCCCAGAGCAUCAGGCUGGAGGACCUCAAAGCAGAUGAGAAGAGUUCGUGCACUCUGCCCGAGGGUACCAACUCCUCGCCCCAAGAAAUUGACCCCACCAAGGAGAAUCAGCUGUAUUUCACCUACUCUGUCCACUGGGAGGAAAGUGACAUCAAAUGGGCCUCUCGCUGGGACACUUACCUGACCAUGAGUGACGUCCAGAUCCACUGGUUUUCUAUCAUUAACUCCGUCGUCGUGGUCUUCUUCCUGUCAGGUAUCCUGAGCAUGAUUAUCAUUCGGACCCUCCGGAAGGACAUUGCCAACUACAACAAGGAGGAUGACAUUGAAGACACCAUGGAAGAGUCUGGGUGGAAGCUGGUGCACGGUGACGUCUUCAGGCCCCCCCAGUACCCCAUGAUCCUCAGCUCCCUGCUGGGCUCAGGCAUUCAGCUGUUCUGUAUGAUCCUCAUCGUCAUCUUUGUAGCCAUGCUUGGGAUGCUGUCGCCCUCCAGCCGGGGAGCUCUCAUGACCACAGCCUGCUUCCUCUUCAUGUUCAUGGGGGUGUUUGGCGGAUUUUCUGCUGGCCGUCUGUACCGCACUCUAAAAGGCCAUCGGUGGAAGAAAGGAGCCUUCUGUGUGAGUGUGCGAAACCCUCUCUGUUGUUUGGUGGGAAGCAGAGAAGCUUCUUCCUGGGCUCCUCAGGAGGAGACGGCAACUCUGUACCCUGGUGUGGUUUUUGGCAUCUGCUUCGUGUUGAAUUGCUUCAUUUGGGGAAAGCACUCAUCAGGAGCGGUGCCCUUUCCCACCAUGGUGGCUCUGCUGUGCAUGUGGUUCGGGAUCUCCCUGCCCCUCGUCUACUUGGGCUACUACUUCGGCUUCCGAAAGCAGCCAUAUGACAACCCUGUGCGCACCAACCAGAUUCCCCGGCAGAUCCCCGAGCAGCGGUGGUACAUGAACCGAUUUGUGGGCAUCCUCAUGGCUGGGAUCUUGCCGUUCGGCGCCAUGUUCAUCGAGCUCUUCUUCAUCUUCAGUGCUAUCUGGGAGAAUCAGUUCUAUUACCUCUUUGGCUUCCUGUUCCUUGUUUUCAUCAUCCUGGUGGUAUCCUGUUCACAAAUCAGCAUCGUCAUGGUGUACUUCCAGCUGUGUGCAGAGGAUUACCGCUGGUGGUGGAGAAAUUUCCUAGUCUCCGGGGGCUCUGCAUUCUACGUCCUGGUUUAUGCCAUCUUUUAUUUCGUUAACAAGCUGGACAUCGUGGAAUUCAUCCCCUCUCUCCUCUACUUUGGCUACACGGCCCUCAUGGUCUUGUCCUUCUGGCUGCUCACGGGUACCAUCGGCUUCUAUGCAGCCUACAUGUUUGUUCGCAAGAUCUAUGCUGCCGUGAAGAUAGACUGAUUGGAGUGGACCACGGCCAGGCCCGCUCCGUCCUCGGACAGGAAGCCACCCUGCGUGGGGGACUGCAGGCACGCAAAAUAAAAUAACUCCUGCUCGUUUGGAAUGUAACUCCUGGCACAAUGUUCCUGGAUCCUGGGGCUGCGUGGGGGGCGGGAGGGCCUGUAGAUAAUCUUGCAUUUUUCUUCAUCUUAUUCCAGUUCUGUGGGGGAUGAGUUUUUUUGUGGGUUGCUUUUUCUUCAGUGCUAAGAAAGUUCCCUCCAACAGGAACUCUCUGACCUGUUUAUUCAGGUGUAUUUCUGGUUUGGAUUUUUUUUUUCCUUCUUUGUUUUAACAAAUGGAUCCAGGAUGGAUAAAUCCACCGAGAUAAGGGUUUUGGUCACUGUCUCCACCUCAGUUCCUCAGGGCUGUUGGCCACCCUACGACUAACUGGAAGAGGACAUGCCAGAGCUUCAGUGAGGUUUCCGAGCCUCUCCCUGCCCAUCCUCACCACUGAGGCCACGACAAAGCACAGCUCCAGCCCGGACAGCACCCUCAGUGCCAGCCAGCCUCUGCCAGACCUCUCUUUCCCUCUUCUCCCCAGCCUCCUCCAGGGCUGCCCAAGGCACGGUUUCCAGCCAGGCCUCGGGGUCAUCUUUUCACCAGGAGCAAACCCAAGUCUUAGUUGCUACAAGAAAAUCCCCUGGAAGUACUGGGGGCCAGGUUCCCCAGACAGCAGGAAUUGCCCCUGUUCAGAGCAGCCGGAGUUUGCUGGACCAACAAGGAGGAAGAGAAGAGACUUGCAGUGAACUGUUUUUGUGCCAAGAAACCCUGGACUGGGACCAAGUAUUUCCCAAGCCAAGCAUCCACUUGUCUGUGUCUAGGAAGGGAUGGCCAAGGCCGCUAGGGUCCUUACCCCUCAGGAUCGCUCCCCGGCCCUUUCCUCAGGAGGUACCGCUCUCCAAGGUGUGCUGGCAGUGGGCCCUGCCCAACUUCAGGCAGGACAGGGAGGCCCAGAGAUUACAGAUCCCCUCCUGUAAGUGGCCAGGCAUUCUCUCCCUGCCCUCUCUGGCCUUGGGGGUCAUACUCACUUCUUUAGCCAGCCCCAUCCCCUCCACCCCACACCUGAGUUCUUGCCUCCUCCUUUUGGGGACACCCAAAACACUGCUUGUGAGAAGGAAGAUGGAAGGUAAGUUCUGUCGUUCUUUCCCCAAUCCCCAGGAAUGGACAAGAAGCCAACUUAGAGAGAAGGGGCUCACGUGGCUGGCCUGGCUCCUCCGUAGACCCCUGUUCUUCUCAACCUCUGCCCACCCGUGCAUGUCAUCACAAACAUUUGCUCUUAAGUUACAAGAGACCAGAUCCACCCAGGGAUUAGGGUUCAAGUAGCAGCUGCUAACCCUUGCACCAGCCCUUGUGGGGCUCCCAACACAAGACAAAGCUCAGGAUGCUGGUGAUGCUAGGAAGAUGUCCCUCCCCUCACUGCCCCACAUUCUCCCAGUGGCCCUACCAGCCUCACCCAUCAAACCAGUGAAUUUCUCAAUCUUGCCUCACAGUGACUGCAGCGCCAAGCGGCAUCCACCAAGCAUCAGGUUGGAGAAAAGGGAACCCAAGCAGUAGAGAGCGAUAUGGAGUCUUUUGUUCAUUCAAAUCUUGGAUUUUUUUUUUUCCCUAAGAGAUUCUCUUUUUAGGGGGAAUGGGAAACGGACACCUCAUAAAGGGUUCAAAGAUCAUCAAUUUUUCUGACUUUUUAAAUCAUCAUCAUUAUUAUUUUUAAUUAAAAAUGCCUGUAUGCCUUUUUUUGGUCCAAUUGUAAAUAAAUAUACCAUUGUCCUACU